AUGGCAUCUUUUCACUUAGUGCCGAGAGACGGCGCUGAUUUUCGUGCUACACUUGUGUCGCUGCAACUCAAUUUCGAAUUUGCUGAUGAAAUCCUCGAGGCCCUGGUCAAGGCCAAGCUCAAGAACCUUGAGGAAUUCCGGUACUUCUUCGAGUCGGAAGCCGAGAUAGGGGUCUGGGUUCAGAGACUCAACUUGGGCGAUGUCCAGGGCGUGCAAACCGCACGUUUGAGGCGCACCUGGGCUGCAGUGAAGGUUUUCUUUCAGCAUGCUGACGCAGGGAGGACCAAAGUCGGCGAAUCAGACUUGGACGAUCUCUUGGAUGAUACAAGCCUGCGUGACAUGAAGCAGCAAUUCUGGCGCAGGUAUCGUACCAGAUUCCCCCCCGAGCUCUAUCCUUCGGAUGCAACACUCUCGCGAGUGACGCGAGAAUUAAACAAGCGCCUCCUGUGCGUUUUCUCCGUAUGGAAGGUCAAGAGCUUGCAGUUCCAGCUGGUUACUACCAGCAAGAAGAGACGCUUGGGGGACGGCCUGUUCACGGAGGAGACGGAGCAGGAGGAGUCAGUCCCGCACGAUUGGGAAAACUACCUCGACCGCCUCCACAUCCUCUUGACAGCCUACGCGUUGGCAGGGGUGGAUCAGGUGGCGGGAGCGCCCCAGGCCAAUCAGGAGCACACGCUUGGAGCGGACUCCACGAUCUUUGUCCAGGCUCCACUGGACGUCCUUAUGGAGUACUACUACCGCGCCAAGAGGUCGGUGGUUUCGCUACCAGCACACAAGCGGCUGGACUGGCUGCAGCAGAGAGACUCCGAGGAGAGGGCAGUCUGGGUGGCCAAGUUCCGCGAGUCCACCAAGACACUCGGCCAAGUCGUGCGUGAGGUGUUCAAUCUCAGAGACGCGCACUGGAUCGCCAUCCAAAGCGGAGGCCCAGGAGAAUCUAGCCACAAUCCCACACCGAAGAUGCUGGCCGCGGCAACUACCCAGCUACCGAGCAGCCCGCCUAAACUUUCCUCGUUCCAGCUCGGCACCCCGGUAGCGGGCAAGAAGGUGGCCAGAGUCAUGAAGGAUGGCAAACGUCUGUGCGUCGAGUUCCAGCAAGGACGUUGCAACAAAGGAGCCAAGUGUCCAGAUCGGCACAUGUGCGGGAUUGUCCUUCGAGGCGAGCGAGUCUGUGGUUCAACGAAGCAUGGGGCUAAGGACUGCAAGCAGAAAGUGAAGGAUCCGGAAUCGCCGUUGAUGGCAGACAUCUUUUCCGGUCCCAAUGCCCCGCUCACGAAAGCUUUCCUGUUCUGUGGAUGGCGCUGCCUGACGUUGGAUAUUCAACUGGACUCCUCGCAUGAUCUGGCACACCCCCUUCGGCAGCAGAGCCUCAGGGAGCAGCUCAAGGAGGCCGAUUUUGUGUCCGCGGCGUUCGACUGUUCCACCAAAAGCAGAGCGAGGGAGGUGCCGAGGGUGUUCGAUGAUGGGCGCCGGGGCCCAGGUCCCCUCCGCUCUACUCGACAACCCGAGGGACUGGACGGCCUGUCGCCGGCGGAUCAGCACCGCGUCAAGCGUGACAACAAUGCCUGUGGCUUCAUGCUGCAAGUCAUGCAAGAGGUGGCGGAGAGAGGAGCUGGGGCAAUGCGAGAGAAUCCGGUGAACAGCUUGCAUUGGCUACUUCAGCAAGAGGUGGCAGCUUUCCGCACAGGGCUCUGGGCGGAUACUCAUUAUGAUGCCUGUUGUUGGGGAGGAGCCCGAUGCAAGAGGCAGCGCCUUCGUCACAACAUCCCAGAGAUAUCCUCAUGGCCCCCCCUCCAAUGCCACCAUGUGCAUGCCAGUGACGAGUGGCAACCAUAUCUGCUGAAUGGACGAUACGUGUACCCCACCAAGGAGGAGGCGGAGUACACAGCGCCAUUUGUCUUUGCAGUUGCCGUUUCCGUGUCAUGGUGGGCCGUCCGGGUGGGCCGAGCGAAGCUGGCUGUGCCGCGCAUGCCGACGCCCUGUUGCGUGGGGCGGCGUGAGGAGUGGCCACUGAUGGAUCCGAGAUCUUUGCGGUCAUGGGCGCUGGCACCGCUAGCCAUCUCUUUGGGUUUGGGGCCAGCUAGUGCCGAAGAAGCAGCUCGGAUCCCACCGAGGAAAGUAGUGGAAGCAGUCAUUGGUGCCGAUGGGACCCUCCCACGUAACUGCAUUUACGUGGGGCCGGGCCAUCACCGACAUCGGCUGGCGCGCAGUAAAUGGGCACCUCCCUUCACGGCGGGUCACGAUUGCGCAUUCGACGAGUUCCUGCCGCGCUACGUUCAACACAUCAGGGACAACUUGAGCGACCACCUCACCGAGUUGAUAGGGAAAGUCCUGGUGGUCGAUGCCGUGGCAGAACACCCCUCGGAAGGGGAUGCUUUGGCGGGCCUUGUCUUUGAGCACUUGUCGACUGUGAGAUCCACGUCACAGCCGCAGCAGAGCACCAACCCCAGGGGCCGAGCAAGGCGCUGGCUCCGAGUGUCGGAGCUUGACUGGGCUGGUGCUUGCGGCCCGGCCACUGGUCCCUCCACCGUGCGCAUCCUACAGAGAGCGGCGGGGCAGCAGGCAGGAGCACUCAGUCAACGGGCAGCCUUGCCGCCGGUGAUCUCGUUUGGCCUGCCAGCUGAUGUACACUUCCAACAAGCGCUGGCGCGCAUCCGUACACCCAUGCCUACGGAACAGGCUCCCGUGCUGGACAAUGACCUCCAGUUUGCCGCUGACUUCACGGCUUCGCAGCGAACGAGAUUGCGGCAGUGGCGACAAGAUGCAAUGGGAGCCCUCAGGGAGCUGAAACGACGGUGCGCAGCUUUGGAUGCUCACCUUCGAGGGUUUCAGCAACCAGCACUUCGCCGUGUGACGGCGGCGCGAGACGUGGGUCUGGUAGCUAUCCUGGUGGUGCUCUUCGCAUGGCCAGAUACCGCUCUCCCCUUCUCCCUCAUAGCAGGUAUGCCGGCAGUGGGUUUCGCGCCAUGCUAUGGCAUCUUCCCGCAAAUGCCAGCAGACCAUAUCUCCUACGAGGACGUGCUGGGCGACUGGCGGGCGCACAAUGCAAAAAUUCUGCAGUCAAUUGGACCUUCCAGGGACGACGAUUUCCUCUUGUCCCAGUCAACCAAAGAUUUUGAGUCUGGCUUUUGCUCCCCUCCACUGACAAAGCAGGCCCUUUUGGCGCAGCUCAAAGGGAAGCCCUUUCGACUCGUACCAAGAUGCGUCAUCACGCAGUCUUCCGGGAAGAAGCGUAUCAUUGACAAUGCAGACACGGGAGGCCAGUCGGCCUCGUCUCGGGAAUCCAACAAGCUUGUGCUCUGCAGCGCGCUGCGACCAGCGCAGCAUGCCCAGGCCGUCAUUGCCAGGCUGCCCCAGGGUGAGCUGGAGCGGGCUAGGGAGAGUGACUCCCUUGAGUCCGGAGGCGAAGACUGGCCGGAUGCUUACAGACAUUGCCCUAUGUCAGAAGAGGAGGCGUUGUGCUGCCUGGUGGUGUGGUGGCACCGAGAAUGGCAGGCCCCGGCAUUCCAGAUCUACUCCGGCCUCCUUUUCGGCCUGCCUCUUGCAGUCACGUCAUUCAAUCGGUACAGCAGAUUCAGUGAAGCUGCGUCACGUAGAGUGGCGCUCACAGUGACCUCUUCCUACUUUGAUGACUUCAAUAUGGUGGAUUGGUCCUCCUCCAAAGGAAGCGGGCAAUGGGCAGUCGGAGAGCUCAACAAGUGUCUGGGAACGCCGUUUGCCGAAGAGAAGAGGCAACCCAUGGCAGUUCAAGGAUCCUUCUUGGGCUUGGACCACGACCUUUCCGAAGCCUUGCAGAGGGGGUUCGUCACCUUUUGGGCGAGAGAACGCCUGUUCACCAAAAUGUCCGACCUCAUCGAGCAAUCCGAGACUGCGUCUUCGCUCAAGGCCGGGCUUGCUGCGAAGAUGUUUGGCCUGAUGAACUUCUUGGAGCAGGGCAUGUAUGGACGAGUCGGAUGCGGUGGCCUCGCUGCUCUGUGUGACAGGCAGCGCAGCAAAGAAUCCGACCUCUCGCCGGACAUCCUCCAGACGUUUCAGCUUAUUCGCGCACUCCUAAAAUUUCGUCCUGAGAGGCGCUUUUGGGUGUCCAACCCACCAGUGCAACGCUUCAUAGCUGCGAGUGACGCAGCAGAGGAGAAGCCUCAAGCCGGAACCGGAGGUUUCCUCUUGAUUUGGCAGCAAGGUGCGAGCCAGGUCCGAGAGGGUUUUGUCGCGGCAUGUCCGGAGGAGCUUUAUGCCCUUUGGGGACCGGGCGACAAGAAAAUUGCACAGCUGGAGCUCAGCAUGGUGCUUUUCGCUCUGGUGGCUCGGCCUGCAAGAUUUCGCAUGAGGCGCGGAAUCUGGUACAUCGACAACACUGCGGCAUUGAUGGCCCUCAUCCGUGGGAGGUCCGACGACUCUGAUUUGUCCCGCCUGGCGCAGUUGAUACAUUUGUGUCUCUUUGUCUUCCAAACCUGGAUAUAUUGGGAAUGGGUGCCGUCCAAAUCCAAUUGGAGCGACGCCAUUAGCAGGCUGGGAGUCGACGACGAAUGGCAUCAGUCGCACUCCUUCUCCACUAGUUUAGCUUUCUUCCCAUUUCAGCUCUGGGCGUUACCGCUGGAAGCAGCUAUCCAGGUGUUCGAGUACUUGUAG